AUGUUCACCAAAGUCAUUUUGAUCGCCUCAGUCAUUUUGGCAGUCACCGCCAACGAGCGAUGGCAAUCAGAUGAUUAUGUUGAACCUCAUAAAGAAUAUGUACCCGAGAACGGAUACGAAAGUCAAUACGGAUCUAAAAACGAGUAUCAUCCUAAGAAUGGUUACAAACCAAAGAAAGUUUAUUGCUUAGGUGUUGACGUCACUAACGACUGCAUAUAUCGCGCUGAUAACAACUACGCUAUCGAUGACAAGCCAAGAUCUGGAUACGUAGCUUGCGUUAACAAAAGUGCCAUAUGUAUGCCUUGUCCAUACGGAUUGGUUUUCUGUUCCAAAGCUGGCUACAAAGGUCUCGGACAAUGUCUCGGCAAAUACGACGAAUGCCCACCUCGCUCAUAUUAAUGAUGUAUACAAGAAGCUAUUUAUAUAAACAAUUUGUAAAACCUAUUUAACUUGUUUUUCAUUUUUAUUAAAUUAACACCGUA